CUCGUGCCGUGGAGUGGAGUGGAGUAUUUACUUGUGUAGUAAGCAGGGAGUGUAGGCGGCUUUAAACAUACUGUAGUAGCUUCACGGACAGGUAUAGAGUGGCAUAGUUGGCAGGAUUUCUGGGGAAGAUGACUGAACCAGUGGGCCUUACCAAAGUCUUUUGGAAUAAGGGAGAGAAGCGGCAACAACUUGAAGUUCAGGUAGCCACUCAACAAAUUAAUUUUGCAGAUGAUGAAGCCCGAAAAAAUGCAAGAGAAGACUUGCAAACUGAAAGAGCUGUGGGCCCGUCGCAGGUACUUACACCUUUACAGCCCCAAGAUAACAUAGAAGUUUACUUGCUUAGAUUUGAACGUACUGCCACACGGCAUAAUUGGCCGCGAGAAGAAUGGGCGCAGAUCCUUGCCCCCUUCAUAACAUGCGAACUGCAACAGGCCUACUAUGAUUUAGAGCAGUGUACCAUUAGGGAUUAUAACAUACUGAAAAAAGAAAUUCUCACAAGGCAUGGGCGAAGUCCAGAUUGUCAAGCACAGAAAUGUAGGGCCUGGUGCUUUGAUCCAGAGAAGCCUGCACGCUCCCAAGCCUUUGAACUCUGGGACAAGUUGGCCCGAUGGCUAAGACUGGGUGAAAACACGGUUGAGAAAGUUGUAGAGAUGAUUUCAUGUGACUACCUUGUGCAUGCGCUGCCUGAAGACCUUGCCAGAAUUGUACAAAGACAUUACUGGGCUAAUAUGGUGGGUCUAGUGAAAAUACUUGAAAGGUAUCAAACUGCUCUUCAAACAGAACUCCCAGAAGGAAAAAGACAGACCAGAUCAUCACAGCCACAGAGAAGUGAACACGAGAUAAAGGAAGCAGAAUUGAGUGCCAGGAGAAAGGAACAAUCAUCACUGCCCCUCCGUUGUUACAAAUGCGGUGAGAUUGACCAUAUUGUGCCCAAUUGUCCCCGGCUAGACGAACCGAUGGACUGUGGAUGGAUUCACAGUCACAGAGAUGAAGAAGAAACACCUGCUUUUUCCUGGAUGGAUUUGACAGAGGAGAUGUGUCAGGCAGACAUGAACGUUGUGCAGAAAAAGGCGGUAAAUAUUAAGAAAGAAGUCGGUGAAUGGGAAUCUGUCCAACCUAAACCGGAGCGUCUCUGCAUUACUGAUGAGCAUAGUGAACUGGGGUCAGUAGGCAUUAAAGAAGAAAAAGAUGAGAAGAUUUUCAGUAUGAGCAUGAAGAAAGAUCAAAUUAUAUAUGGUGUGAAGAAAGACGAACUUGAGUCCAUCCUUAAGUACGGAUGUCAGGAUGGUGCAGUGACCAGGCUAGUCUCCUCUCGGUUUGAACAGGGUUGUUCUCAGGAGCAGGCAGUCAAUGGGAAAUCUGAGAGUGCACUGUCUGUCAGGAGGCGGACUGAGAAGACCUCAAAGGCAGCAUCAGGAAAUCAAGUGUCCUCAACAAAUCAUUCUGACGAAAAUUUACAAGAGAAUACCAGCCUGUCGUCCUCUUCAGUUGCUCAGACCUCUCUUCAGUGCAAAUCAAGACAAAUGGCAUAUGAUGAAAGUAAGAAGACCUCGACAUCUGGAUCACAGAUUUUGGUAACCGCCUCUUUUCAUGUUGGGCAACUAACAAGGAUGGACUCUGUUAACACUCAACAACAGUUGCAAAAUACAAAUUCAUCAGCUUUGACUAUCUGCCAGGAGAGUAGGGAAACUUUCAGAUCUAAAUCCAAAAGUAGUAAGUGGUGUCACACAAAGCAGAAGCCACAUUGCUGUUCUGAUUGUGGGAAACAAUUCUUGUAUUAUAGCGGCCUUCAGAAGCAUCAGAGGAUUCACACUGGAGAGAAACCAUAUUGCUGUUCUGAAUGUGGCAAACACUUCACACAAAUGAGCCAUCUUCAAGACCACAAAAGAAUUCAUACAGGAGAGCGGCCCUAUUGCUGUUCUGAAUGUGGCAAAAGAUUCUCGCAAAUGAGCCAUCUCCAGACCCAUAAAAGAAUUCACACCGGUGUGAGACCGUAUUGUUGUUCAGAGUGUGGCAAGCAAUUUUUUAUCCGAGGCAAUCUUCAGAGACAUACUAAAGUUCACACUGGGGAGAAGCCAUAUUGUUGUUUAGAAUGUGGUAAAAAAUUUGCAUACAGAAGCAAUUUUAAGAGACACUCCAGAGUUCACAAAGAGAAAAAAACUUGCAAUCGUGGUGGAAGCACAGAAGUAAAGGAGAUACAAGUGAAAGUAAAGAGAGAAGUCUUAGAGCAGGUUAAUCCAAGACUACCCAGAAACAUUUUAAAAGGCGCACGGAAGUUACCUUCAUCACCAGAUAAAACUGCAACUGAAACCUUUAGGAGAAAGAGAAAGGUCCUCAAGAGCACACAAAAGUGAGAUGAACUGCUUCUGGCCAUUGGUAACCAGGUCCAGGUUAAUGCUUGAUUUCAGCUACAGUUAGGACUGUAGGACUAUCCCCAAAUCAUAAAAGAAAACCUGAAAUGAUUAUCAUUGUCAUUUUCAAUAUGUCUAUUGUGCACACUAGAGGCACUAGAGGAACCCACCAGACAGACGUCCCAGACACACUGGUAAAAGCACCGGAAGAUUCUUUUAUUAUUUUCUUCAAUAAAC